AUGAAGAAGCUACUUGGGGACGCGGCCAGCUCGUUAGCAGAAGGCACAGACGGACUUCAGAGGGAGCUGUUUGAGACUCGCAAGGAUCUGGCAGCAGUGCGCAGCGCAAAGGCAGAGCUAGAGGGCAAGGUCAGCAGCGCUGAGAAGAUCGUCGCUGGCCUCAAGGACACACUGCGGCGGGAGCAGGGCGCGGCGCGCGCAGCGCAGGCGGCUGCCGAUGAGGCAAACGCGGCGGCGACGGCCAGCAUGGCGCAAUUUCGCAAGCGGCUGGAUCGCGAGCGCGCGGCGGCCGUGCAGGAGACGGAGGCGCGGUGGCAGGCGCGGUACGAGGACUUCAAGAGCGAGUCGGUUGUGGUGCUCGCCAACAGCUCCAGCGCUCUGGAGGCACGCUCGAUUGCUCUCUUUAUCGCAGCGGAGGGGCAGCUCAAGCAGCUGAAGAAGAAGCUGGUGGCUGCGGAAGCCAGCCUGCAAGAGGAGAGGCGCCAGAGAGGCAUUAGGGAGGGCGCUGCAAACAAGGUCAUGGGCAACGCUGCAGCGGCGGAGCGGGACGCAGCAAGGAGGGAAAUGCAGGCAUUAAUGAAGGUGCACCAAGCGGAGGUGAACUCGCUAAAAGAGGCGUUCGGCGCCGAGAAGCGCGAGCUGCAGCUGCAUGCAGCUGCUGCUGAAGCCGAGGCUGCCAGGCUGGACGCUGAGCUGGCGGCUGAGCGGGAGCGCGCAGAGCGCGCCAAGCAGGAGGCUAUGCUGCUCGCGCAUCAGCUGGAGCAGCACAAGGGGCGGCUGGCGGUGGCGCUGCUGGCGCGAGACCGGGCCGACGCGGACUGCGCGGCCGCUAAAGCGGAGCGGGCGGCGGCCGAGCGCGACCGGGAAGCCGCAGAGAAGGUGCUGGCGGAAGUCGUGACGCAGCUGGACGAGAUGGAACGGCGGGAGGACGGCGCGCCGCCGCCGGCCGACGAGCCGUCGCCGCUCGCGCAGCCGUCGCCGCUGCUGCUGCCGCACCCGGAGGUGCAGUACGUCCGCCAGCCAGAGGGCGCGCUUGAUCUCAUCGCCGCGGCCGUUGAGAACGGCGAGCCAGCCAGCCCGGCCGCGCAGCGGCCGAGUCGGGACCCCCGCCUGGCGGCGGGGGACGUUGAGCUGCCCGAAGCGGGCAGCCCGGCGGGCGCCUCGCCGGAGCUGGAGCCGGCCGGCGGCGGCGGCACGGCCGCGGACGACCACAUGCCCGCGCUGGCGGACUCGCCCAGGGAGGCUGGAGCACCCGAGCUGGCGCUCGCCGAACCAGCCGCCCGGUCGCCAGAGCCGGAGGCGCAACCACUGCCCAAGGAGAAGCCCCUUCCUGGCAACAUGGCUGAGGUGGCUCCCUCGACAACGCACCCCCAGGCACCAGCUGAUGCCACGUGCUGGUUGUGCCAGAAGAGUGGCGCGCGGCGCUAUGCUGAUCUGGGUCCGCUCAUGCACCUGCCCAUCAAUGAUAAGGGCACCGACCUCAAGUGGCUCCAUCGCCAGUGCCUCCUCUGGUCCCCCGAGGUGGUGGAGGGUCGGGGAGAGGAGCUGCGCAACGUGGCCAAGGCGGUGUUCCGGGGGCGCAAGAUAAACUGCAAGGCCUGCCUCGGCAAUGGCGCCACGCUCGGCUGCAAUGUCAAGGCCUGCCGCAACUCCUACCACCUCCCAUGCGCCCUCGCCAAAGGCUGCCACCUGCAGGAGUGGAAGGUGUGGUGCCCCAAGCAUGCACCCAGAGUGCCAAGCCGGGUGGCCUUGGAUCUCGGCAGCGGCGGUGUUGCCAUGGAUACUGAUGACAUGAACUUCAGCGACAAGGACAAGCAGGCUGCGGAGGUGUCUGAGCAGGAAGUCGCGAAGGAGCCUCCUAGCAAUGUAGUGGCAGCUCCAGCCGGCAAGAGAAAACGGGCUGCGUCCUCGGCCAAGUCUGUCGCCGCCGAGGCGCCGGCGGCUGCAGCUGAGGCGGCAGCGGAGGCGUCUGAUGCUGCUAUUGCUGAGCCAGAAGAGCUUGCUCCUGCCGUGGACUUGGGCGCGGCUCCGGCCGAGCCAGAGGCGGCUGAUGCCGGGCUGGCAGCCGAGAAUGCCCCUGCUGCCCAGCCAGCGCCAGAUCAGGCGCAGGGCCAGGCGGAGCAGCCGCAGCGGCAGCAGCCGCGGUCGGGGCGGAAGCAGGCCGCGCCUAUUCAGGCGCCAGCGCCAGGUCAGCAGCCGGCGUUGGUGGCGCCGCCGGCCGCCGUCGGCCUAGCGUCCCGGCGCGCGGCUGCGCCAAAACCGGGGCUAUGGUCGCGGCUGGCGCCCAAGGCGGCUGCGCCGCUGGCCGCUCUGCUGGCGGCCCGGGGCCGGCAGGACGCCCCUGCCGCGCCGGACACGCCCGCGCCCAGCGCCGCUGGCCCCUCUUCGCCUUUUAAGAUAUACUCCCCAGACGGGCAGGGCAUUGUGGAGCGGCUGCUGGACACGCUGUCUGAAAAGAUCGGCGACGAGGUGACAGAGCAGCACAUGCUCAAGGCCAGGAAGCUCAAGCGCUUCAAGGAGAGAGCUCGUGCGAGCUCGGAGUACCUCGCCCAGCCAUCUGAGCCGCCGUCUUUGCUUAGGGCGUCCAAGGGCGACAGUACACGCGGUGUCCCCCUGGUGCCACCGCCGGGGGGACCCAAACGCCGCUCCGCGCAGGUGGGACCCAAGCCAAGGGGUCCGCAGGAAGGGGCCCCGGAGCCGAAGCUGAAGCAUCCGGCGCUUGCGGCCGUGCUUGCAUCCGCCGCGUCCGAUGCGCCGUCUGCCGGGACAGGGACUGAUGCCAGCGGCAUGACUGGCUCCGCCAACGGCGAGGGCCGGGCGCGGCCGCAGCGCAGCCGCAAGGCGCCUGAGCGGCUGGCAGCGAUGCCGGAGGGGCCCCAGUGGCUCAAGCAUCCCAAGCCCGCCGCAGCGCCCGAGGCACCCAUUGUGGUAGACUUUCUCAACGGUGUGGUGGGGAAGACCGGCAAAGGGAACGCAGCCGGCCGCAAGCGCCCAACGGACCUGCCCGGGGAUGGGCAGCCCGAGCCAAAACCCGCCGCAGCGCUGCCGCGCAAACGCGCAUGCAACUUGCCCUCGACGCAACGGAAAGACCUGGCCUCUCUGGUUGCCAGCUGA